ACCUGGAAGUAUUCAUCUACACGCAGGCCGUCUUUAUCACCAACUGGCGGCCACUUUUAUUUAUUUGCUACAGAACCUGGUGAAAGGAAGAAAAAAAAAGGAUUAUUCCAGACGCGUCGUUCAUGCUUUAAUGACAAGCCCUACUUUUUGAUGAAUGACAUUUUGGACUAAAAAGGAUGCAUGGGUCAUUUUGACCGGCAAUUCCCUCGCAUUGAUAUUCCAAUAUUUUGCGCCUUGCUCAAAAGAGGUAAUAUUUUUGAGACACUUGCAAGGCUGCAUGUGAAUUAGCCUCUGCAGCAACUCAUCAUUAGGAGACAACCAACCCUGCAACUUUGGCUUUUUUCUAUAAAGCUCCGAUGAUGGAAAGAAUAAGAAAAGAGAUGAUUCUGAUGGAAAGGGGGCUGCACAGCCCCACUGCUGGUAAAAGGGUUUCGAAUUUGUCAGACUCAGCUGGAAAUGCCGUCUUGGAGGCCCUUGAAAAUUCUCAGCACCCUGGCCGUCUCAGCCCCAGACUUACUUCCACAUCUCUGCAUAGCAAUAUAGGAAACAUCUCUACCAAAGGCAAAUUCGAAAUUGAUAGUUUAUUUAAUACUCAUCACCACAGCAGUGACAAUACGUCUUCCUCCGAAAUCUCCUCGUCUGAAAACAGGAAGAAAGUGUCUCUCUACCCAGAAGUUGUUCAAGAGGCAGACAUGAACAGUGAUGUUGAGGUGGGCUGUUCAGCGCACCGCUCUCCAAACAGCCUCAGCACCACACAGCAGAAGGAAAACAACAACAAAGGUUUUACAGACAACGGUUCAACAGCUUCCAACACAAAUUCCACGUCUGUGUCCAAUUUAAACGGAAAUGGCAAUUCGAUAGGCAGCUCGAGUUCCAGUUCGGAUCAGGUGAGACGGUACCGGACUGCUUUCACCAGGGAGCAAAUCGGAAGACUUGAAAAAGAGUUUUACAGAGAGAAUUAUGUCUCCAGACCCAGAAGAUGCGAACUGGCGGCAGCUUUAAAUCUUCCGGAAACCACGAUUAAGGUUUGGUUCCAGAACAGAAGAAUGAAAGACAAAAGGCAGCGCCUGGCAAUGUCUUGGCCGCAUCCCGCAGAUCCAAGUUUUUACACUUACAUGAUGACGCACGCGGCGGCCACCGGAAGUCUGCCCUACCCGUUCCAUUCCCACAUGCCACUGCACUAUUACCCGCACGUGGGGGUGACGGCGGCUGCGGCUGCUGCGGCCGCCACUGGGGCGGCGGCGUCCCCUUUUGGCACAUCCAUUCGCCCUCUCGACACUUUCCGAGCUCUUUCCCAUCCUUACUCUCGGCCCGAGCUGCUCUGCAGCUUUAGACACCCUGGACUUUACCAGUCCCCCGCUAGCUUGAACAGCUCAGCUGCUGCAGCCGCGGCCGCAGCCGCAGCAGCCGCGGCCGGCGCGCCCUCAGCUACGGGUCCUUGCUCCUGUCUUAGCUGCCAUAGCAACCAAGCAGCCAGUGCCCUGGGUUCAAGAAGCAGCAGCGCGGAUUUCAGUUGUACAGCAUCCGGUCCAAGAUCUGACAGCGGCUUUUUACCUUAUUCCGCCGCCGUACUUAGCAAAACAGCAGUGGCGUCUCCGGACCAGAGGGACGACUCAUCUUUAAAUAGAUAACUUAUUAACUGCUCCAGUUUCUAUUUAUUUAUGUAUGUAUUUAUUCAUUUAUUUAUACACAUUAAACUAAUUUAUUUCAUUUUGGACGCUAUAGACUUUUUUUUUUAAUUCCGUUCAUUUUUUUGCCGUUCCGAUAACACAAAACCGGAAAUCAGUUUUUCAGCUUCUUUGGAAAAUUCUUAAGCUUUAGUCAUACGGAAGCUCACAUGAUGCUGCACAGUUUGCAGUCUUUUUGCACAUCAGUUUAGAUUUUUAAUGAGUUUACAUUUGCGUUUUUAUUUACAAAAAAAAAAAAAAAAUGGGAGAAGGCCUUAUUUAAUUUUGAUAUACUUAGAGUGUUUCUUUCUUUUUCUAUAAAUCCAACAAAUCAUGCCUGUGAACUGAUGACAUAGAAUUGGUUGUUUUAUUAUGAAAGUAGUUUGGAUGAUACAUUUUAAUAACUGUAGAAAUCGA